AACAGCCCCUGUCAAGCAUCUGCAGCCACCGCGCCCAUCAAUAAACUUCUUCAUCGUGAAUUCUCACCUGGUGAACGAUAGAUGAAAGCCCAACCCACAUUCGACGCUCAAAGCAAGGCGAUUUGUAGUCACGCACGCCACACGACUUGAGUUCGGAGUGAUACAGACAGAGAGAGAGAGAGCUGCACUGAUCGGGAGCGCUAGCAGAGGGAGGAAGAAUACCAGGGACCACGGAACGAUGGUAGCUCGCGGGAGCGUAAUGCCUCUGCCACUGCUCGGUGGUCUGAUUCUGUUCGGCGUGCAGCUCUGCACGGCAACGAACAUCCUAUUCAUCCUUGCAGAUGACCUGGGUUAUGGAGAUGUGCAGACGUACCCUAAUCCUUCUUCGCCGCAUGGACGAAUGGCUACACCCAGAUUACAAAAGCUGACAGAGGAAUCCAUGAUGUUCACUGAUGCCUAUACGGGUGCACCCGUGUGCGCGCCAUCCAGAUGUGCAUUGAUGACGGGCAAGCAUCUUGGUCAUUGUACCGUCCGGUCGAACGGACCCGAGCUCAACUCCUCCGAUGUCACCGUCGCCCAUGUCCUAAAGAAUGCUGGAUAUCACACAGCCCUGAUAGGGAAAUGGGGACUCGGUUCCAACGGAACGGUUGCCUCUCCCAACAACAAAGGAUUUGACUUCUUUUACGGCUACACCAGCCAGGAGAACGCGCACGAUUAUUACCCACCGUUUCUGUGGAGAGACAUGGAACACGAAGUGAUCGCUAAGAACAUGAAUGCAUCGCGAAAGACGUGUGGCAAUCCUUUCACGACCAACUGUGUCUGGGCCGAAGACCUCUUCAUCAACGAGACGUUGGCCCUACUCCGUGAGCACAAGAACGCGGAGCGAGACUUCUACAUUUUUCUGGCCUUCACCACACCACACGCCGGAGAUGUUGGAUCGAACAAAGAAACCGGUGUUCCUGCCCCUGACGAGGGUAUUUACGCGGACAAAUCCUGGCCCGAUGUGGAGAAGCACUUCGCCUCCUGUGUCCACAAGCAAGACGCACAUGUGGGUCAAGUAUUGGACGCACUGGAUGAACUAGGACUAGCCAAGGACACGGUGGUCUUUUAUGCCAGCGACAAUGGUGCUCAUAAUGAAGGCACCCAUAGUUAUCAGUUCUUCGAGAGUUCAGGACCACUGCGCGGCUUCAAGCGCAGCCUCCAUGAGGGUGGCAUUCGAUCGCCACUGUUGGUCAGAUGGCCCGAUGUUGUCAAGCCGGGAACAACGUCGCCUCAGCGAUGGGCCUUCUACGAUUUCAUGGCAACUGCAGCUGAUAUUGCCAAUGUGAGCAGCAGUGACUUGCCAGCGAAUGACGGCUACUCAUUUGUUCCUACACUCAAGGGACAAGCACAACCACAGCCGGAUUUCAUCUACCACGAGUACUGCGCACCGAACGAGGACAAGAAGGGUUGGGGCCAGAGUGUAGUUAUUGAACCGCACUGGAAAGCUGUCAGGUAUGACUACAACGCUACUUCGCUGGAGCUCUACAAUCUGAUGGAGGAUUUAGGAGAGACGAAGGACGUGGCCAGUGAAAACCCCACUGUAGUUCAGCAAAUUACCAAGAUCAUGAGCCAGCAGCAUGUUGAUGGAAACUAUUGUCACGGACAUUAGGAACACGAAUAGAAUUAUCUAAUAAUUAAGUAUCCCAAAAUUGAGUUUUCCUACCUCGAAUGCAAGGGACAAGUAUUCCUCAUGCUAGGCAUGUAGUUACACCAGAAAUCAAAUGCUCUGAGUACAAUUAUGGUGAACAAUUUAAUUGGCUCACCAUCCGAGUUCAUCUUAGUACAAUGUAUAUGUUAUUCGUAAGUAGAGGUUUUCGCCUUCUUGGUCCUGAUCAUUGUUUUGUCAUAUUCCCCAUAUAAUAAUACUAUCAA